UAGUGAAGAAUCAAUGGGUGAUUCUUGUGAUUCUGUUCUGUGUAUUAGUGAAAAACCCCUUGGUCAGGGAGUCCGCGUUCCUCCUGAGAAUUUUUUUUUUGACAAAAUAGAAGUGAUUUUUGCAGAAAAAGCGCCGUAAAUUGUCGUCUUUUUGUAAAUAGUGUUCGUAUAGUGUGGCCAGUGUGUCCGGAUGGAGUGAGUGGUGUGAGCAGAAAGUCCCUUAUAUGCCUCUUCUCUUCUGGAGACGGACAACUUCGCGCGUGCCAUAAACACACACCACAGGGAGAGUUUCCAAAAUACAUGGAUUAUUCGCACAUUUUGCCACAACAAUGAGUGGGGUCAGCCAGAGUUCUUCUGAAGCGCCAGAGAAGGCAUCUUUGCGUCGGCUGAGAUAGAGAGAAGCCCCCUCCAUUCCCCAAGUCUGCUUCCCGGAAAGAAAGAGUGUUUGGUGUGAAAGAUCAACACGGUUAAGAAGACACGAAAGAGAGUGAGAGAGAGAGAGUGCGUGAGACACAAUGACACACAAUCUGGGAAUGGCACCGUAUAGGAUGCCGGGACCCGGAAUGUGUCCGGCAGACUUUAAGUCGCCCUCUGAGUCGCCACAAUUGCCAGUAUCGGCGCCCAGCAAUCCCAAGAAACGCCGGAAAACGUCCAAUGCGGCCAGCAAUCAAAUGAAUUCGGCACCACCGCCAACGCCGCAGGAUCUACUACCGCCCCCACUUACUGGAUAUGGAGACACAAUUGUCGCGUCGAAUCCAUUUGAUGAUACGCCACCACCAACGAGUCAUCCGCCGCCCCCAAUGAGCCAUCACAUGGGGAUGCAUGGGCCAAUGAAUCAUCAUCCCCACAUGCAUCAUCCGCACAUGGGUAUGCCCCCUCAGCUGCGGGGGAUGGGUCCAAUGGGACCGGGCAUGGGGCCAGGACCAAUGGGACCCAUGGGAGGAGGUCACGGUGGCCCAAUGGGGCCAAUGCCACCGCACAUGGGUCCAGGACAGCGAAUGCCCAUGGCCCAGCCCAGUGGAAUGUCUCCCAUGGCAGCCAAUAUGUCCCCAAUGGGCGGCAUGGGAGGCAUGUCACCCAUGCAGAUGCAAUCCCAAAUGGGUCCCAAUGCUCAACGAUCAAUGGGAAGUCCAAUGGGUGGUGCUGGGGGCCCCAUUGGGAGCCCCAUGAAUAAUAUGCCAAUGGGAUCACCAAUGGGUCAGGCAAUGGGUAGCCCAAUGGGUGCAGGAGGUGGACACAUGAAUAAUGGGCAGAUGGGGCCGCCGAUGCAUAGCCCCCUGGGCAAUGGACCCACAAUGCACGGGCCUCAGCGACCGAUGAAUGUUCCCAAUGGGGCUAUGACUUCAACCGGUGGCCCAAUGCCACCGCAUCCACAGCAACCGCCAAUGCAGCAACUCUCUGCAAUGGCAGCGCAACCCAUGACGGGAGGUAAUCAAAAUCCACCCAUGGGGCAGGCUGGUGGACCCGUGAUGGGGAAUCAUCAGGCACCAAUGGGGCAGCCACCGGGUGGGCAUCCCCAUGGACCACCUACACACAAUCACAUGAAUCAUCGGAAUCAUCCAAAUGCCGUUGGACCCGGACCUGCAAUGAAUCCCAUGGGGAUGCAUCAGCAUCAUCAUCCGCAUCCUCAUGUUGCUCCGGGGCCACAGCAGUCACCGCAGCAGGCACAGCAGCAGAUGCAGGGCCAGCCGGGUGGGCCACAAAUGCACCAGGGACCUCCGAAUCAGCAAAUGCCACCACCUCAGCCACCGCAGAUGCCAGGACCACAGCACCCAGGUCAGAUGGGAGGACCCAUGGGGCAUCCGCCACAGACGCAGCAACCGCCAACGAGUCAGGGUCCCGGUGGGGGUGCUGGGCCACCGCAAAUGGUGUCACAUCAUCAGCAAAUAGCACCCCAUCCACCACAAGUGUCACCGCAUCAAAUGCCUCCGCCCCAUCAGAUGCAGGCGCCGCCGCAUCAGUUGCAGCCACCACAGCAAAUGCCACCCCAUGCAGGUGCUACGGGGGCCCUCAGUGCGAUGUCUGCAAUGGCAAAUCAUGGCAUUAUGACGGCAGGGGGGCACAUGCACGGUGGGCAUAUGGGUCGUCCGGGACCGCCUCAACCACACGGGGGUCCUCCACAUCAGGGGCAUCCGCCGCAUAUGCAGAAUGCCGGUGGGGCAAUGCCACCACCCGGAGCGAUGUUCGGACCACCCCAGGGGGCGCCUGCAGGACCUCCAGACAUGACACCAAAACCCAUGCCCGUGAGUGCGGGAAAGGUUUAUCCGCCCGAUCAGCCCAUGGUGUUCAAUCCGCAGAACCCCAAUGCACCCCCCAUCUAUCCCUGCGGGGUCUGCCAUAAGGAAGUUCACGACAACGACCAGGCGAUCCUGUGUGAAUCCGGAUGCAAUUUUUGGUUUCACAGGACAUGCAGCGGCCUGACGGAAGCGGCAUUUCAAUUCAUCCAUGCGGAAGUGUAUGCCGAGUGGAGUUGUGACAAGUGUCUGUCUUCCAAGAAUAUUCCCCUUGUAAAGUUCAAACCGUGAAUUUAGGGGAUUUUUCUCGCAUUGCAAAAGCAAAACAACAACAACACACUACAAACAUUUUAAGCACAUAAAAUAAUCACACACAAAGCUGAGCGAAAGAGAGAGAGAGAGACAAAAAAUUGCGGGGGCGAGAAACAUUUCAGUACUAAAACAUGAAGAGAUUAAAAUUGUGAAAAAAAAAUCUUUUUUCUCUAGGGUAGAUAUAAAAAAAAUGAAAAUGCAACAACUACAAAAAAAAACAUAUAAACAACAUAAAUAAAAUAAAAAAAAAGAGAUCAAUCUGUGUUCAUGCGGUGACUGAUCUGUGUACGCGUAUGAAAAUAAAGAAAAAAGAGAAUUAAAGUUCCGGAAGGACAUGCGUUGUGUGGGUGUGAAAGUGCGCAGAGAGAGUCUCCCCGCAUAGAAGGAAGUGCGAAAGUGGCUCAAGAGAGAUGAAAAUAUGGGGAUGGACAACAUGCAAGAUAUCGCAAAUCUGUGUAGUAGAAAGAAAAGAUUUUCAUUUGAGUGCGCGAUAUUAAUUAUGAAGCAAAAUGGGAUGAAAAGAACAGCAAAAAAGGUAAAAAAAAAACAAGAAGUUAUUAAUAAAUAAAUUUGUUUUUAUGCGAAAAUAACAAUUAAAAAAAAAAUCUCAACACUUAAAAACAAUGUUCAGCAUUAGAUUUUUUAUUUAUUAUUCAAAAAUGAACGAUCAAUUCACUGAACAACAAAAGUUAUUUUGUUGAUGAGAAAUAAGAACUAAAAAAAAUGAAGCGCGCAAGAGAAUAAAAAGAAACUACAAGAGAUAAAAAAAAACAUUUGCCUUGUUACAAUGUAAACGAAUAUUAAAUAUUUAACAAAAAAAAUGAGAAAAAAAUCAAGAAAAAAAUUACCUAUAUUGCUAAUUAUUUAUAGUUUUAUCCAUUUAUAAAAUAUCUUUAAUUGAAACUGUUUUACAGUUUCAAAUUUUAUCACGAUAUGAGCAAAACAAAAUGGAAUGUCAAAAGAUUUUACUAUUAUUAUAAAAAAAAAAUAUUCUUUUACUUUCUCCUGAUUAUAUACUUUUUUUUU